AUGGCUGGCACAGGGUGGACCAGCCCCCUUCCUUUAUUUGUGUGUCUAAUGCUGACCUGUGGCUUUGCUGAGGCAGGGAAGCUGCUGGUAGUGCCCAUGGAUGGGAGCCACUGGUUCACCAUGAGGUCGGUGGUGGAGAAACUCAUUCUCAGGGGGCAUGAGGUGGUUGUAGUCAUACCAGAGGUGAGUUGGCACCUGGGAAGAUCACUGAAUUGCACAGUGAAGACUUAUUCAACUUCAUUCACCCUGGAGGAUCUGGACCAGCAGUUCAAGGCUUUUGCCAAUGCUCAAUGGAAAGCACAAAUACGAAGUAUAUUUUCUCUAUUAAUGGGUUCAUACAAUGACAUUUUUGACUUAUUUUUUUCAAAUUGCAGGAGUUUGUUUAAGGACAAAAAAUUAGUAGAAUACUUAAAGGAGAGUUCUUUUGAUGCGGUGUUUCUCGAUCCUUUUGAUAUCUGUGGCUUAGUUGUUGCCAAAUAUUUCUCCCUCCCCUCUGUGGUCUUCGCCAGAGGAAUAUUUUGCCACUAUCUUGAAGAAGGUGCACAGUGCCCUGCACCUCUUUCCUAUGUCCCCAGAAUUCUCUUAGGGUUCUCAGAUGCCAUGACUUUCAAGGAGAGAGUACGGAACCACAUCAUGCACUUGGAGGAACAUUUAUUAUGCCACCGUUUUUUCAAAAAUGCCCUAGAAAUAGCCUCUGAAAUUCUCCAAACACCUGUUACGGCAUAUGAUCUCCACAGCCACACAUCAAUUUGGUUGCUGCGAACGGACUUUAUUUUGGACUAUCCCAAACCCGUGAUGCCCAACAUGAUCUUCAUUGGUGGUAUCAACUGCCAUCAGGGAAAGCCAUUGCCUGUGGUAAGUUAUCUCUCCUUUAGCACCUUAAGAAUACCAGCUUUGGAAAUUAAAAAAGGAUUCUUUACUGAACUGUGA